UCUCUCCUGCCACCUUUCCCCUGUCUGUCUGCUGCUGCCUUUCCCCUGCCUGUCUCCUGCCGCCUUCCCCCUGCCUGUCUCCAGCUGCCUUCCCCUUGCCUGUCUCCGUCCGCCUUUCCAGGAGACCCUGUCCCUUCACAGUGUACUGAACAUCAGCUCAUUGUGACUCCACCCACAAUAGCGCUACACUCUAGAUCAGGCCCACUAUGCAGUACAGCCUUAUGGGGCUGGGUCACAGGAACCUCGGAGACACUGACCAGGACUCUAUGGUUGUGGGGAAAUAGGAGAUUAAAUGACCACUCUAUUCCACAUUUACUAUGUUACAUGUGCAAUAUGUUUUAUGUGUUAUAUUUAUUCCAGGAACUCCAGCUGUGGGGAACGGAGUCUUUAUUACACAUCACACGUUCUGUAUUAUCUCUGAUUGACCGAAGAUGGACAAGGACAGUAGUCCCAGGACUGAGAGGAUAAUACAAAUCACCCUGGAGAUCAUCUACCUGCUUACUGGGGAGGAUUACACAGUAGUGAAGAAGACAUCCAGUGAGUGUGAGACACUCAACAGCCAUCCCCGUGUGUCAGGAGGUCUGAGUAGAACCCAGAGCCCCAUCCCAGUGCUUCCACGUCACUUACUGACACAUGAGAGACACAAUGACCAGAAGAUCCUGGAACUCACCAACAAGAUCAUUCAGCUGUUGACUGGAGAGGAGGUGGAGUGUAUAGAGGAACACAGGGGUCUGUACAAGGACGUGAUGAUGGAGAAUCACCGGCCCCACACAUCACUGGGUAUGAGGAGACUGUCAUGUAUUGUACAGGGGAGAGCAGAUGGACCCAGUAACAGAGAUACCCCUGAGAGAUGUCCCCGUCCUCUGUAUUCCCAGGAUUGUACAGAAGAGAAUCACAGGAUCCCACAGGAGGAUCAGGGUGAAGCCCAAUUAAAUAAUAUUAAAAUCAAAGAUACAGAGGGAGAAGAAGAGACGUAUGUGACUGAUAUAAAGGCAGAAGAUAUAGAGGGAGAAGAAGAGCCAUAUGUGACUGAUAUAACGGCAGAAGAUAUAGAGGGAGAAGAAGAGACGUAUGUGACUGAUACAAAGGCAGAAGAUAUAGAGGGAGAAGAAGAGCCAUAUGUGACUGAUAUAACGGCAGAAGAUAUAGAGGGAGAAGAAGAGACGUAUGUGACUGAUAUAAAGGCAGAAGAUAUAGAGGGAGAAGAAGAGCCAUAUGUGACUGAUAUAACGGCAGAAGAUACAGAGGUAGAAGAAGAGACGUAUGUGACUGAUACAAAGGCAGAAGAUAUAGAGGGAGAAGAAGAGCCAUAUGUGACUGAUAUAACGGCAGAAGAUAUAGAGGGAGAAGAAGAGACGUAUGUGACUGAUAUAAAGGCAGAAGAUAUAGAGGGAGUAGAAGAGACGUAUGUGACUGAUAUAAAGACAGAAGAUAUAGAGGGAGAAGAAGAGACGUAUGUGACUGAUAUAACGGCAGAAGAUAUAGAGGGAGAAGAAGAGACGUAUGUGACUGAUAUAAAGGCAGAAGAUAUAGAGGGAGUAGAAGAGACGUAUGUGACUGAUAUGAAGACAGAAGAUAUAGAGGGAGAAGAGGAGACGUAUGUGACUGAUAUAAAGGCAGAAGAUACAGAGGUAGAAGAAGAGACGUAUGUGACUGAUACAAAGGCAGAAGAUAUAGAGGGAGAAGAAGAGCCAUAUGUGACUGAUAUAACGGCAGAAGAUAUAGAGGGAGAAGAAGAGACAUAUGUGACUGAUAUAAAGGCAGAAGAUAUAGAGGGAGAAGAAGAGACGUAUGUGACUGAUAUAAAGGCAGAAGAUACAGAGGUAGAAGAAGAGACGUAUGUGACUGAUACAAAGGCAGAAGAUAUAGAGGGAGAAGAAGAGCCAUAUGUGACUGAUAUAACGGCAGAAGAUAUAGAGGGAGAAGAAGAGACGUAUGUGACUGAUAUAAAGGCAGAAGAUUUAGAGGGAGUAGAAGAGACGUAUGUGACUGAUAUGAAGACAGAAGAUAUAGAGGGAGAAGAGGAGACGUAUGUGACUGAUAUAAAGGCAGAAGAUCCAGAGGGAGAAGAAGAGACGUAUGUGAGGGGUGAUCAGCAGUCUAAGGAGGAGGAGAUCCCUACAGAUAUCAGCACAGGAUUACACAGUAGUGAAGAAGACAUCCAGUGAGUGUGAGACACUCAACAGCCAUCCCCGUGUGUCAGGAGGUCUGAGU